GUAUUUAACUCAAACUUCUGGUUUUACUUGGUAAAAGGAAUCUUCUCGUAUCCAAAUGGCAGUCCGUUCAUUAGCAACCAGGAAAACCCUAACCUUGGGUCUCAACUCGACGAGGCUGACCCAGUCUCGUGCCUUGCAGACCUUCUCGCUUCCCGAUCUUCCUUACGACUAUGGCGCACUGGAGCCCGCCAUCAGUGGAGAGAUUAUGCAGCUCCAUCACCAGAAGCAUCAUCAAACUUACAUCACUAACUAUAACAAGGCUUUGGAGCAGCUCCACGAGGCUAUCCAGAAAGGCGAUUCUUCCACCGUCGUUAAGUUGCAAAGCGCCAUCAAGUUCAACGGCGGAGGUCAUAUCAACCACUCAAUUUUUUGGAACAAUCUUUCUCCAAUUCGUGAAGGAGGAGGUGAGCCUCCAAAAGGUUCUUUGGGUUGGGCUAUUGACACGAACUUUGGCUCAUUGGAAACAUUGAUUCAGAAGAUCAGUGCUGAGGGUGCUGCUGUGCAAGGCUCUGGUUGGGUGUGGCUUGGACUGGACAAGGAAUUGAAGAAGCUUGUGGUUGAAACCACUGCAAAUCAGGAUCCACUUGUGACUAAAGGGGCACAUGUAGUUCCUUUGCUCGGGAUAGAUGUUUGGGAGCAUGCAUAUUAUUUACAGUACAAGAAUGCUAGACCAGAUUACCUCAAGAACAUAUGGAAGGUCAUCAAUUGGAACUAUGCAAGUGGAGUGUAUGAGAAAGAAAGUGCUUGAGCUUGAUGUAGAGAAUUAAGAGGCACCUUAUUGGUUUGCAAUGACAAACAGAGUAAUAAAAAGAAUAAGAGGAUGAUGUACAUUUAGUCUUACCGAUGAAGGGGCGUUGCUUUUGUUAGUGUUAAAAGUUAAUAAUAUUAAGAUCUAUGCUUAAGAUUAAAA